AUGGCUCCAGCAACGCAAUACGAGCUCUCACCGCCCCCCGGCGACGCGGUAUCAGCGAUCGCAUUCGCGCCAAUCUCGGGCUCGAAGCUCCUUGUCUCGUCGUGGGACAACAAGGUAUACCAUUAUGACCUUACAAAUGGCCCGGAGGCGUCAAGCCUCGUAACCACAUAUGAGCAUCGCGCUCCUGUUCUGGAUGUUUGCUUCGGCGCCGACGAUAAUGAGGCUUUCACCGCAGGCAUGGACUGGACGGUCAAUCGCCUCAAUCUUGAAACUGGAGAAUUGACCGCGCUCAGCAAGCACACUGCGCCCGUCCGUCGCGUCGUAUACAGCAAAUCUUACGGCAUCCUCGUCUCCGCGUCUUGGGACAGCACUCUCAACCUGCACAACCUCAACGAUCCUUCAAGCACCCCCAUCACCAUUGCUCUCCCGGGCAAACCCCAGGCCGUUGCCGGCAGCCCCAGCAAGAUUGUUGUCGCCAUGACAGGUCGUAUCAUCAACAUCUACGAUGUCAAGGCAAUCGUCGAGCUAUUCCAAACCGGCGGCACUGAGCUCAAACCCUGGCAACAACGCGAGUCGUCCCUCCGAUACCUCACUCGUGCCGUAUCCUGCAUGCCCAACGACGCCGGUUACGCUACCAGCAGCAUUGAAGGCCGUGUUGCGGUCGAGUGGUUUGAGGAUACAGCCGAGUCACAAGCCAGGAAAUACGCAUUCAAAUGCCACAGACAGGCGGCUCCCGAUGGCGAUGGAGAUAUCGUGUACCCAGUCAAUGCGCUCGCGUUCCACUCUGCCCACGGAACGUUUGCCUCGGGAGGCGGCGAUGGCACAGUAGCCCUAUGGGAUGCCGAGGCCAAGAGGAGGUUAAAACAGUAUCAAAAGUUCCCCAACAAUGUCGCAGCUUUGGCUUUUUCAAACGAUGGGAAGUAUCUGGCCGUUGGUGUAUGCCCGGGAUUUGAGACUGGCCAAAACGACUACAACGGUGCCGGACAGACUUCAGUCUUCAUCAGAGAACUGGGCGACAACGAGGCAAAGGGCAAGGGAGCUAAAUAA